GUCACAGUCGAGCAGUAGACACCUAAUUCUUUGGAUGUUGACAUCUCAUUCAAUCCACUCAAAAUAAGGAUUCGUGAAGUAAUUGCUGGUGGCCUGUGACGAGUACCAUAGAGUCUUCUAGAUAGCUGGUUUGGUGGCAUCAGUGGCCGUCGGCACCCCGCCAAGCGAAGGUCAACAGCCUUACGACAUAUUGUGUACCUUGAGUGGCCUCUGUGAUUAUCCUACCAGUUUGUUGACGGCAGCCUACAUCCUCCCGUCCAACUCCUCUGUACAAUUUGGCCUUCAUCAACAUGUCUCUCUCCGACUCCAGAAAGCGCCUGGCUCUGUCCAUAUUAGACUUCCUCUCGACAUCGCUCAAAGAUGGCACUCUCACUGCAGACGAUGCGGACAACAUUGAAAUUGCCAGCAACUGCAUCGCAGAGGCAUUCAAGGUCGACCCGACCGACAAAGCUGCCAUGUCCGAGGCUGUCGGAUCACAGUCCCUACUCAAGAUCUUCCAAGUCUACGAAAAGUUGAACGGAAAAGGCGCAGCCACCGAGACAGCCGCUCCUCCCAAACCUGCCGAACCCGCCGCGAUCAACCCAGAAGCAGAGAAACUCAAGAGCGCUGGCAAUUCUGCUAUGCAACAAAAGGACUACAAGACUGCGAUCGAGAAAUACACCGAAGCCAUCAAAUUCGCGCCCACCAAUCCCAUCUACCUGUCCAAUCGUGCUGCAGCCUAUUCUGCAAGUGGUGAUCAUGCUUCUGCCGUCCGAGAUGCUGAGCUGGCCGUCGCUGCCGAUCCCAAGUACACAAAGGCCUGGUCAAGACUAGGUCUGGCAAGAUUUGCUAUGGGCGAUGCUAAGGGAAGCGUCGAAGCAUAUCAACAAGGCAUCGACUUUGAGGGCAACGGAGGCAGCGAAGCCAUGAAAAAGGGUUUGGAGACGGCAAAGAAAGAGUUGGCACGAAUGGAAGCCGAGGAAGUCAACAUGCCCGAGGAUGACGUGGAUGAUGCAAAUGGCAACACUCGAGGAGGUGGUGGAAUGCCUGAUCUGGCUGGCUUGGCCAGCAUGUUUGGCGGUGGUGGUGCUGGCGGCGCAGGAGGAGGCGGAGGUGGGUUUGACUUGGGAAGCAUCAUGAACAACCCCAUGUUUGCGUCCAUGGCACAAAACAUCAUGCGCAACCCUGAAGCUUUGAGUGGUCUUAUGAGCAACCCUACAAUUCAGAACAUGAUGAACAGCAGGGGUGGCGGCGGCGGCGGUGGUGGUAUGCCGGACAUGAGUCAAAUCCAGCAAAUGAUGCAGGAUCCUGCCCUUUCCAAUUUGGCACAACAAUUCAUGGGUGGAGGUGCUGGCAGAGGUGGAGGCCCUGGUGCAGGCGCUGGUCGAGAUGGCGGAAGAUGAAUAAUGAUAUCAGGUCUGACAUUUGCUGAAUAGUCGACCAGGAGACAUGAUACACCCAAUACAUCGGCUGAAUUUGAUGUUUUUACAUGUGAGCACAAACCAUGAUCCAGCGCAGCCCAGCUGUCAGCCUGUUUGCGACUGGGCUGCCCAUCACCCUGCUAUGUGAAGGAUAGUAUCUUGCGCGACCCAGAUACUUAGGAGGAUUGUCAUUCCUUUCGGUGCACCUUACCUCUCGACGUCUCUCGAAGUGCUUACAGGUACCGCGCGGGCCUACAUACUACCAGAACUCCUGUAGGACGAGUAGAGUUGCGAAAUACCCUAAGCAAUAGUAGAACGAGAUCCGGCAAAA